GAAUCGUCUGCUGGUUGUCGCGCACGGACCUCGGGUUCGGAACCACCCCUUUCGCAGAGGCCACUGGGGUUGCUGAUACACACACCUACAAGCCCACGCGACCAGGAGGAGCAUGCGUCAGCCCCAACGCCAGCUGUCAUCAACAUAUAAUGUGCUUCACCUCAGCCCUUUGCUGUGGACCGUCGUUGCCUGGCUCUUGAUUUGGUGCUCCAACACCAAGACCGUCAAGGCCUCCGAAUGCCUGGUAGGAUGCACGCUGUUAGGGCUGGAUCCUUUCGACGCCGACAUGCUGGUGGAGUGGGAUGAUCGCGGGAAAUGCGACGACGGCGCCGCGUGCGAAGUGAAUGCUGGGAACAUCGAAGCUGCCUGGGCUGGCUGCGGCAGUGCCGAUGCGUCCAGAUGCCUAUGGGCCGCCGGGUCUGGGGAGGAGGGCUCCACCGACUGCACGUGCUCCGUGUGUGGCGCCCCGGACACCUCUGCGUCUUCGUAUAUGAGCGACUACCCCACGUGGACUAGAGUUGCCUGCUACAUUGCGGGCAUGGAAGCCAUGGGAUAUGAUGCAAGCGUUUGCGUCGCUGCGGUGGUCGACGAUGGCGUCAUGGCCUGCGUGGAUGAACCGUACGAAGGACCCACGUUCGAGCAGCUUAGCUGCCCUCCUACUUCACUCGUCCUCACUACGUCUAGUGAUUGCUUGUUCGACGGAUCCUUGAGGGAGGCAGAAGAAAUGUUCGCAAGUAUUGGGACCCCGGCGGAUUUCGACCACGUCAUCCAUCGCCUAACUCGACGAGUUCAAGACGACGACGGCGGCGGCGACACAUUCCCCGCAGAUGGUGGUCGUACGGUGGAUACGCCAGCCCCAACAUCUAGGGAAGAUACUGAUGACGCCGGCGAUGACAGUGAAGAUAUUCCGACAUGGUGGAUAGUAGUUGGGUCUAUUCUUGGGGCUGGGUUUGUCGGAUGUUGUUGUAAGUAUGGCUGUGGCGCCAGUUGUCAGAUCUUCGACAACGAAUGUUGCUGUUGCUGCAACAACAACAGCAUCACCUGCGGUAGAUGA